GAGAGAGAGAGAGAGAGAGAGAGAGAGAGAGAGAGAGAGAGAGAGAGAGAGCAGCAGUCAGAUCGCUGGAAAGCGCUCGGAACUCGUAACUUUUUUUGUAUUUGAUUUGUCUGAACUGGUUUGUAAACCAGCUUUUCUAUGAGAUUUAUCGAAGACCAGCCACUUUUAAUGUGACUUUCUUCCCUCUCUCUCCGUUUUCUCUCCUUUUUGGUGAUUUAACGCCGGUUGGAGCAGGUGGAGAUCGUUUCAGAGCUCACCACCAGCUGAGAGUUUUGUGGUCCAGCAUUGGUGACGUCUUGGAGUCUUUGUUAAGAUCGCUCCACAUCGGACCUUCUUUCUCAGACUCUCCCUGUUUGUCCGUCUGAACAGGUGCUGUAAGGAUCCCAGAAUCCCAGAUCCCAGUAACCAUGGCUGCCAACAACACCCCUAAUGGUUGUGGCCCUAACUUGGACUCCCUCUAUUACAACCUGUGCGACCUGAAUGCCGUGUGGGGCAUCGUGCUGGAGGCCUUCGCGGCAGCUGGCAUUGUCUUCUCCUUUGUGCUUUUCAUUGCCCUUCUGGCCAAUGUGCCCUUCAUGCAAAACCAGAACCGCAAGAGAUCGGUGGCCCUCAACGCCUGGUUCCUGAUCUGCACCGGCGGUCUCUUCUGCCUGACCUUUGCCUUCAUCGUGCAGAAGGACUUCUCCACCUGCGCCUCGCGGAGGUUCCUCUUUGGUGUGCUGUUCGGCGGCUGCUUCGCCUCCCUCCUGAUGCAGUGCGUGAGGCUGAACAUCCUCGCCAGGCAGGACACCGGGCCCCGGGCUUGGGUCUUGUGUCUAGGGGCACUGGGGCUGUGGCUGGUGGAGGUAAUCAUCAACACGGAGUGGAUGAUCAUCACAGUUGUGCGCCACCCACAGGGGCCACUCAACGCCACAGCCGGGACUAGCAGAGCCACGGCAACACCUUGCAACAUCGCCAACGAGGACUUUGUCAUGGCGCUGAUCUACGUGAUGACCCUGAUCCUCGCUGUGGUGGUUGCGAGUCUGACCAUCAUGGCAGGACAACACAAUAAGUGGAAGAAGGACGGCGCCUUCAUCCUUCUAACCAGCUUGUUCUCUGUGGGCAUUUGGGUGGCGUGGAUCGUCAUGUACGUCUACGGGAAUGAGAGGAGAGGGGGCCCCACAUGGGAUGAUCCCACCUUGGCCAUCGCUUUGGUGGCGAACGCAUGGGUGUUCCUAAUCCUCUACACCAUCCCUGACAUCUGCAGUUUGACCAGAGGCGAUGGAAGCCAGCAAAGCCUCGGGCAAGACGCGUACCCGAGCCGAGGAGUCGGCUACGAGACGAUCCUAAAGGAGCAGAGCUCCCAGAACAUCUUCAUGGAAAAUAAGGCUUUCUCUAUGGAUGAGACCAACCAAGUGUCCAAGCCGGUGUCUCCAUACAGCGGCUACACCGGCCAGCUGCGGAGUUCAGUCUACCAGCCCACCGAGCUGGCCAUAAUCAGCAAAGGAGUGGGAAAUCACCCUCCGGACGCAUCCUAUACCACAGUCAUUCCCAGAGCUUCCACCCACUCUGCAGCCAACAGCGGGAGCAGCACACCCUCGGCACACACCGGGAACGGGAACACCACACACACACAGGCAAAUGGAAAUAGCGGGAACGGCCCGCAUAGGACGGUCCAGUGGUGAAAAUGCUGCGAUACUCGUCCCCAGCCGUCAAGAUGACUCUGAAUUCCUCUGCACCUGCUGACUGUAUGUUUGCUGUUCUCCAUGGUUCCCUAAGCUGGUUCUAAGAGGAAUCCUUCAGCCCAGACAUGUGGAGGUGAACACCGGGUCAUCGCCCACUGAUGGAAAAACAGCUAAACCUUUCUAUUGACUGUUUGUCACCAAUGUCCUGCUGGGUAUCAGAUGGUAUAGAGCUUCAUUUGGAAGUCAAAGCGAGGGGAUUUGCUCCACAACAAAGACUUUCUGCGGACUGUGAACUCUCUGCUGGAGCCAGUCACACAGAUGAAGAGUGACGGACGAGCUAACAGAGCACAUAUAACAAAUGCACCCCAUUUUCCCUCUACACACACCAUAAACAACCUGUUAUAGCCGUUACACUGAACACUUGAAUUAAAAAACCCUAUUAGAAGGGUUGCAUUCACUUCCACACACAAAAAAUAUUAAGUCUAAUUAUAGGAGUCAAUACAUAUUUUUGUGCCUGGUUUGUGAAUAGUGUUCAUAACCACAAAGUUAACCUGUAAAAUUGAGCUAAGUAAUGUAAAUAUAUGUUGUUAAUGUGUCUACACUGCAUGGAAGCAUUGUUUGAAUAUGCAUAUUUAAUUCUAUUUAUAGCACCAGUGUGUACUAUUUAAUUAUUUUAUCUCAUUUCAACAAAUCAAACAAUCACGAGACCACAGAGCUGAAAUCACGCGUGUGAUUAGCUUGUUUUACUCUCUUUUUUAUUUCUAUUCUAU